AAGCGUCUGAAGCAAAGAGUCUCAAAACCGAAGCAGAAGGAGCUCGACGACCGUCGGUUUGCGCUUCUUCUUCUUCUUCUUCGACGUUACACACCUCAACUGACAGACGACAAGUCCGGCAAACGGCCAGUUGGUAGUUUUCUUCGUCGAUAUUAAGAAGUUCCAGUUUAGUGAGAUUUCUUUCGAAAGAAACAUUUUUGGGAAGAACUUAUAGUGUUGUUAAGCGAACAAAAAAGUGCGUGUUUAACUACAAGAUUAUGGCAGUUUCCACACUUAACAUGCCUUAUUUUACAGGAUAUCCUUUUCAAGGUCAAGGUCGCGUGAAUCAAUUAGGAGGUGUCUUUAUUAACGGUAGACCACUUCCGAAUCACAUCCGAUUGAAAAUAGUCGAAAUGGCAGCCUCCGGAAUUCGACCUUGCGUUAUUUCACGCCAGCUUCGCGUAUCUCACGGAUGUGUCUCUAAGAUUUUGAAUCGAUAUCAAGAAACCGGAAGCAUCAGGCCUGGCGUCAUCGGCGGAUCUAAACCGAGAGUGGCCACUGCUGAAGUUGAAAGUCGCAUCGAGCAACUGAAAAAGGAACAACCCGGUAUUUUCUCCUGGGAAAUACGCGACAAGCUUAUAAAGGAAGGAAUAUGCGAUAAAACGACCGCACCAUCUGUAAGUUCAAUAAGCAGACUGCUUAGAGGUGGUAGGAAAGAGGACGGCGACAGAAAAAAUCACUCAAUAGAUGGAAUCUUGGGUAAAUACCAUAACGGUCCGGUACAUUUAAGUGAGGCGAUGCGGCGUAGCAUGGCUAAAGAUCCAAUUACUCCGAUAUUAUGGGAACCCCACCUGGAAGCCCUCGAUCGACGCGUUGAGAUUAUUUUGCGUGGAAUAAGAGAUUGUCUUGCUAAAGGUGAAGAGUCCAUAGCCUCCGAAAAUGACGUCGAGGAGGAGGAGGAGAC